AUGUGCAAGCUACGUGGGGAGAGAGACUUGGCCGAGGGUGGCUUGGAUGUCACAAAGGGAAGAGAAAUCUUGCCUGCAAAUGUGAUCGCAAAGCACUACGAUCUCACAUUGGAGCCUGACUUCAAGAAAUUGACGUACGAGGGGACGGUUGUUAUUGAUCUGGAAGUAGCUGAGGAUUCCGAAUCAAUUUCGUUAAACACUCUGGAGCUCGACAUCCACAGCACCAAGGUUCUUUCGGGAGAAACCACCAUUAGCUCCUCCCCUGAACUUUCCUAUCAUGAAGCAACGCAAACUACGAAAAUCGCAUUCGACAAACAACUUUCGAAGGGAUCUAAGGCACAGCUUGAGAUGAAGUUCACGGGCCAGCUCAACGACAAGAUGGCUGGGUUCUACCGAUCAACAUACAAGAAUACCGAUGGCAGUGAAGGAGUUUUGGCGACAACUCAGAUGGAGGCGACCGACGCUCGACGAGCAUUCCCAUGCUUUGACGAACCGUCAUUGAAAGCGGAAUUCACCAUAACUCUAAUUGCUGAUAAGCACCUCACUUGCUUGAGUAACAUGGAUGUUGCUUCUGAGACGGAAAUCCAUUCUGAAAUGAGUGGAGCUACCAAGAAGGUAGUCAAAUUCAACAAGUCUCCUCCCAUGUCGACUUAUCUCCUUGCAUUUAUCGUAGGCGAGCUCAACUACAUCGAAACAGACAAAUUUAGACUCCCUAUCCGAGUCUACGCUCCGCCGAAUCAGGAAAUCGAGCAUGGACAGUUCUCUUUAGAACUUGCUGCACGUACUCUAGAGUUCUACGAGAAGACUUUCGACAGUGCUUUCCCUCUGCCAAAGAUGGAUAUGGUUGCGAUCCCUGAUUUUGCGGCUGGUGCCAUGGAGAACUGGGGUCUCAUCACCUACAGGGUGGUUGAUAUCUUGUUUGACGAAAAGACUAGUGGUGCUUCUGUGAAGGAGCGAGUGGCGGAGGUUGUUCAGCAUGAACUGGCUCACCAAUGGUUCGGCAACCUCGUCACGAUGGAUUUCUGGGAUGGUCUCUGGCUCAAUGAAGGAUUUGCAACGUGGAUGUCGUGGUACUCUUGCAAUAUCUUCUACCCCGAGUGGAAAGUAUGGCAAAGUUACGUUAUCGACACUCUUCAAGGUGCACUGUCUCUGGACUCGUUGCGCAGCAGCCAUCCUAUUGAGGUUCCAGUGAAGAGGGCAGACGAAGUCAACCAGAUCUUUGACGCAAUCUCAUACUCAAAGGGAUCGUGUGUUCUUCGCAUGAUAUCCAAAUACCUAGGAGAGGACAUUUUCAUGGAAGGUAUCCGAAGAUACUUAAAGAAGCACGCCUAUGGCAAUACUCAAACCACUGACCUGUGGGCUGCUCUCAGUGACGCUAGUGGUAAAGAUGUUUCGAGCGUUAUGGACAUCUGGACAAAACACGUUGGCUAUCCUGUCAUUACGGUCACAGAAAACGAGAGCGAAAAAUCUAUUAACGUGAAGCAAAAUCGCCUGCUUCGAACUGCCGAUGUCAAGCCAGAGGAGGAUACAGUUCUCUAUCCUGUUUUCCUUGGCCUUCGCACCAAGGAUGGCGUUGAUGAAUCACUGGUAUUGUCGAAGCGAGAGGAAAACUUUAAGGUGCCAGAUUUAGAUUUCUUCAAGCUGAAUGCCGAUCACAGCGGUAUCUACCGAACAUCGUAUACCCCUGUACGCCUUGAGAAACUUGGAAAGGCAGCAAGGGAUGGAUUGUUAAGUGUAGAGGAUCGGGCUGGCAUGCUCGCUGAUGCCGGAGCAUUAGCAGCAUCUGGGUACCAGAAGACUUCCGGAGUUCUGAACCUUCUGAAAGGAUUUGAUGGAGAGAAGGAGUUCGUGGUGUGGAACGAACUCAUUUCUCGACUUGGAGCCAUCCAAUCAGCGUGGAUAUUUGAGGACCAAAAGGUUAGGGAUGCCCUCGAAACUUUCCAGCGAGAUCUUGUCAGCGAGAAGGCACACGAGAAAGGCUGGGAAUUCAAGGAAGGCGAUGACCACGUUGAGCAACAGUUCAAGGGCAUGCUCUUUGGCGCCGCUGGUAUGUCUGGUGACAAGACCGUCAUCGAAGCGGCAAAGGAUAUGUUUGCAAAAUUCUCGAAAGGCGACAAGUCUGCCAUUCACCCCAACAUCAGAGGCAGUGUCUUCGGGAUGGCAUUGAAGUAUGGCGGUAAAGAAGAGUAUGAUGUAAUCCUUGAUACAUAUCGUAAUUCGAAGAACAGUGAUGAGUGCAACACUGCUCUCCGUUCUCUCGGUAGAGCUAGAAGCCCAGAGCUCAUCAAAAAGACACUUACCCUUCCAUUCGGUGGCGAAGUCAAGGAGCAAGACGUCUAUCUUCCAUUGGCCGCUCUCCGAACUCACCCUGAGGGUAUCGAGCAGUUGUAUGGCUGGAUGACUGAUAAUUGGGAGGAACUCACCAAGAAGUUCCCUGCCGGCUUGUCCAUGCUUGGAACGAUUGUCUCGAUUUGCACAUCAAGCUUCACCAGCCAGGCGGCACUAGAUCGUAUCCAGGCAUUCUUUACGGAUAAAAAUACCAAAGGUUUUGACCAAAGUCUGGCACAGAGUUCUGAUGCCAUCAGGGCAAAGAGUGCUUGGCUCGCUCGGGAUCGAGACGACGUCAAGGACUGGGCGUAUAAGGCGAAGACUAUCAAGGCGGAGUUGUAA